AUGGAAGACCGCGCGUGGAUGUACACUGGCCGCCCAAGUCAGGUUGGGAUGACUAGUGAGUGGAUCAGGAAGACCGAUGCUUUCUUGGAAAUGGCGUUUGGUGAAGCUGCUAAAGGAGCGAAUAUGAUUCUCUGCCCAUGCAGCAAGUGUGCAAACAGGAAAAGACAAAAUAAGAAGAACAUGGGGGAACAUCUUUGCAAGAAUGGAUUUACGGCAGACUAUACCCGGUGGAUCUACCACAGUGAAGCCAAUCGUAUGAGAGAGGAUGUGGUGAGACCACGUGUCGAGGAUUAUGAUGCUAAUGCCGGUGUAGCGGACAUGUUGGAUGACUAUGGGGAGGCACGGUUCGCCGAGGGACAAACGGAGGAGGAGCCAGAGUCGACCGCAAAGGCGUUCUACGACAUGCUUGCUGCGUCACAUAAACCCCUUCAUGGACAUACGACGGUUUCUCAGCUUGAUGCCAUUGGACGCAUAAUGGCGUUAAAGUCGCAGUACAGACUGAGUCGAGGCGCCUUUGAUGCUUUAUUGACAGUUAUUGGUAGCCUGCUUCCGAAGGGUCACAUUCUACCAAAGAGCAUGUAUGAGGCACGGAAACUGCUUCGUGCACUCAAGAUGCCGUAUGAGCAGAUACAUGCUUGUAGGAAUGGGUGCGUCCUGUUUAGGAAAGAAUACACGGAAGCAAAGUACUGUCCAAAGUGUAAAUUCUCAAGGUUCAUGGAGGUAGACUGUGAUGGUGAUGGCCCAAAGAGGCAGCUUAACAUUCCCGUGACAGUCCUACGAUACCUUCCGUUCAUACCGAGGAUCCAGAGGCUAUACAUGACUGAGGACUACGCGAAACAAAUGACUUGGCACAAAAAUGGCAAACGAUACAAUCCUGACAAGAUGAUGGGUUCAAUCCUUAUGGAAUGUCGGCUGCCACAUACACAUGCUGGCCUGUAUUCGUUAUCCCCCUCAAUCUUCCCCCGGGCAUAUGCUUUCAACGGCAGAACAUAA